CGGAGGUCAAUCCACCUCGCGCAUAGCCAUCCGACCUAUACAAUUAGCUUAUGGCCUCGUUGGGAUAUAAUUCCCGGAGGUCUCACCUUCAAUGGCAUUAAUAUCCAAUUUAGUCCUCAGGCUGCGCCGCGAUCCACGCCUGUUGUAUAAAUUCCCCCCAUACCUAUCCGCCAUUCUCGUCGUUGUCGGUGUUGUCUGGCUCCUUCUCCUCCCGCUUAACGAGUACUCCCGCCAAACAUACAUCUCCGAAAACGCGCUUUUACCAGGCCAGGUACACACGUACUUCGCGGGGAGUGAACAGAAUGUCUUUCGCGGAUAUAGACGGGAAAUUGAUCUUGUGAGGGAUGCGGAAUAUGAAGUAAUAUCUGAAAAAAUCCAGUCGAUAUUCAGAGAAUCCGGCUUGAAAGUUGCAACCCAGGAUUACGAGUAUAGGUCAGCCGGAAACAGACAUUCUGGACAGAAUGUUUACGGUGUCAUUCAUGCUCCACGGGGAGACGGGACAGAAGCUAUUGUUUUGGUAGCCUCUUGGAAAACCAUCGACGGCGAACCAAACCUCAAUGGUGUGACUUUGGCCUUGACUCUGGCUAGAUAUUUCAAGCGAUGGUCCCUAUGGUCCAAAGAUAUCAUAUUCCUAAUUACGCCGGACAGCAAAUCCGGUACACAGGCAUGGGUCGACGCCUAUCAUGAUAUGCACCCGCCAUCCGUUCAACCCCUUCCGCUAAAAAGCGGUGCGUUACAGGGCGCUUUAGUAUUCGAAUACCCUUUCGAUCACAGGUUCGAAUCUAUCCAUAUCGUAUACGAUGGUGUCAAUGGACAACUGCCAAACCUAGAUUUAUUCAAUAUUGCCGUUUCAGUAUCCAGUGGACAGAUGGGCAUCCCGGCGACCUUGCAGAAAAUGUUUCGUCACAACGAUAGCUAUGAAAUGCGUCUGCGAACAAUGCUUCGAGGGAUGGUUAACCAGGGACUGGGUAACGCCGCUGGCGCCCAUAGCAGCUUUAUACCUUACCACAUUGAUGCGAUUACGAUCCAGACUAUCGGCAACGGAUGGCAGGACGAAAUGGCGCUUGGCAGGACCGUGGAAAGCCUUGUUCGCAGUUUGAAUAAUCUCCUAGAACACUUCCAUCAGAGCUUCUUUUUCUAUAUUCUAAUGCAGACGAACCGAUUCGUUAGCAUUGGGACGUAUCUUCCCAGCGCAAUGCUGAUUGCAGGGAGCUUCACCAUCAUGGCUAUUGCUCUAUGGAUGAAAAGUGGAGUCCGUGCUUCCACAGACACAAGCGCAUUCGCAAUCGCGGAGCAGUAUGGUUCCGAGAAAGAAGAAUCAAAUGAAGGGGUAAAUACCAUCGCCCCUGAGCAGGAAAGCAAUGGCAUUCUGGAACGACAUAUGGCAUUGCCGCUGGCGCUGGUAUUUGGACUGCACCUCCUAGGUGUUGUCCCGCUCUAUGCGUUUAACAAUAUGACCCAUCAGUACUUCGAACAAGCAGUCUACCUACUUGCCUUCAUAAACACCAUACUGCCAAUAAUUCUCGCCGCAAUCCUAGCCCGCUGCUCCCGCCCAUCACUACAGCAAUACAUGCUCAUAAAAUCCUUCUCCCUCCUCCUCCUCGGCCUUUUCCUCUCCGCUCUCGCAACCCUAAACUUCUCCUUAUCCCUAAUGAUCGGCCUCCUAUGCACACCCCUGUCCUACAUCGCGCAUAUCCCAAAACAACCUACCCAAAACAUCGCAACCGCAGCUUCUCAAUCAGCAUCUACGGACAAGGCCAGGAAAAGGGAAACACAGCCAGCGUCAGGGCCAACGUCAGUGACGACUAUCCUCCUAGCAGCGUCAGGCCUCAUCUUCAUGAAUCUACUUUCCCCAACCGCGGUCCUGUUGGCUGUGUGCUACUAUUGGCAGAUUCCGGUAACGACGUUGCUGACUGAGGCUGCUUUCGGGUGGGACGUAUGGGGAGUUUGGACUCAGGUGGUCGUCUGGUGUAUAUGGUGGCCUGCUUGGCAGUGUGGGUGCUUAUUACUUGCUUCGUCGCUUUUCUGAAGUAGAAUGGCAUAGUGGCUGUGUUCUGUUUAUAUUUGAUAUGAAACUGAAAGUGGUAGUAGGCCCUUGAGUAUUUUAUUUUUGAUAUUUUAUUUGUACAACAUGCUAUCGAUAUACUCUAUAGUAGGAGGUAUGUCAGUUCUAGUGGAAGUAACGGCAAGACCCAUUGUUCUAAAUUUCGCAAUUUUCCUGUCCGUCGCCGUGCCUAAUUCCGGGGCAGAUACAUAUAUACGUCCCUUUUGUUACGCGCAUACGCAUCUAUCCUCUUCGGGGUUCUCGCAAGAAUUGAUACCAUCUAUCACUAGUCAUAACGCAGAAGCUCUCACAAUAAGGAUUUAUCAGACAGA